GAGGGAGGCGUGCGGAGACGCGAUGGAUCGAAAGGUCGCGAGUGGCAAGGGAAACGAGCAGGGCCUCGAUGAGAAGAGACGGUGUCGCGUACGCUAGAUGAAAUCAGUCGUCGCGAAAGGCACCAUCGUCGCGUCCGCUCGCUAGGACCACGCAGACAGGAGUCCUCCGUAGACUCCGACGAAAGGACGACGGCUCGACGAGGCUGUCGCGGUUUCUACGGAACCGGUAACGGUGCAUGGUGGGGUGGAGACCGUGUGGUAGGGCGAGCGACAGGCCAGGUGAGCGCCGGUGACAGGAAAGAGAGAACGGGUUACGUGAGCGGAAAAAACGUGCAAAAUGUCGAGGAGCAAGGAUGUCAACAGUACCACUGACACUCGGAGAAUCGACAUCGAGAAGCCCUACUGGGAUCAGAACACUUACCAGGGUAGGGCGUAUCACUUCCUCACCGUCACCAAUCCCCUGAAUCUAUUCGCUAACAACCAGCAGCUCGAGCACGCACGUGACGUCGUCGCUAAGUACAGGAAAGGGAGCACCCUGGACCAGCUGGGUAUCACAGUCGAUGAGCUAUGGAAGUGCAAAUACCUGUACGACAGCGCGUACCACCCCGACACCGGGGAAAAAAUGUUGUUAAUAGGGCGCAUGAGCGCUCAGGUGCCCAUGAACAUGAUGAUAACAGGCUGCAUGCUAACGUUCUACAAGACAACGGCGCACGUGAUAACCUGGCAGUGGGUUAACCAGUCGUUCAACGCAUUAGUAAAUUACACGAACCGCAGCGGUUCGAGUCCGAUCCCGAUGAACACGAUCCUGCAGAGCUACGCCAUAGCGACCAGCGGAGCUGUGAUAACCGCCCUCGGCUUGAAUCGACUUCUUCGCAACGCACCCCCGUUGGUGGGUCGGCUGGUGCCCUUGGCAGCGGUGGCUGCUGCUAAUUGCGUGAACAUCCCUUUCAUGAGGAUGCCUGAACUGCAGAAUGGUAUCGAGUUGCAGACCGAGGAUGGCACCAAGGUUGGCAACAGCAAACACGCCGCUAGAAAGGCGAUCACUGCUGUGACCCUCUCGCGGAUUCUUAUGGCUUCGCCGAGCAUGAUAUUGGCGCCCAUCACGAUGAACUUCAUGGAUCGACGACAACUACUACGCAACGCUAGAUGGGCGGCGGUGCCUAUACAAGUCAUGAUUUGCGGGGUGUGUCUAACUUUCGCGACCCCUCUCUGUUGUGCCCUGUUCGUGCAACGCGUGCCCAUCCAAGUGAGCGAACUAGAGCCAGACGUACAAGAACAGAUACGUUCUAAUUAUCCCAAUGUACAAACGGUAUACUACAAUAAAGGGCUCUGAACGAGCCUGAAGAGUGAAACUGUUAACGGAGAAUGGUAUCGCGAGGGUGAACAUUCUCACGAAGCGUUAUGCUUAAUUAUGGAAUCGCGCGCGACUCUAUCGAUGCGACAGUCGUGAUGUCCAAUGUUCUCGAACUUACAAAAACAUAUCUUCAUGUUUAUUUUGUUGAACACAAGCUGUACGGAUAAUUCGGGGAACUGAUUAUUAUCUAAGAAUAAGUAACUAAGACAAUAA